AUGGACGGCAGGAAGUUCCUGAGGAUUCUGGGAUUUUUCUGCCUGUGGAUUACAGCUCAGGCUCAGAUGAAGAUCCCACCUGAGACGGUGCAGCAGUGGGCGACCAUGUUCUCCGUUCAAUUGCGAGACAUAAGCACCAAAUACUCUGGCUCCCUGCUGCUACAGAAGAAACUGAAAGAUGUGGAGUCCAUCAUCAAGAUCGUGAAGAUUCAGGGAAAUGACCUGGUGAAGGAUUAUUCCGAUGAAAUCGAACGAAUGUUGGGAAGCAAGAUGAAGUCUGUGAAGAGGUUAGCAGAGUCGGCAGAAGACGCUGACCUCUACCAUGACUUCAACGCUUCAAUGGCGUUUGAUUACUAUAACUCAAUGCUGAUCAACACGGUGGACGAGGACGGGAACUACAUGGAACUGGGCGGGGAGUUUCCUCUCGAGGAGAACGAGCAUUUCAACAACAUGCCGGUGAACAUGGUUCAGAGUGACAUCCAGAUUCCCACCAAUGUCUACAACAAAGAUCCUAACAUCCUCAAUGCCAUCUACAACUCAGAGGCGCUAAACGACGUCUUCAUCGGUAACUUCAAGAAAGAUCCUACGCUCACAUGGCAGUUCUUUGGCAGCUCCACUGGCUUCUUCAGGAUCUUCCCUGGUAUUAAAUGGACUCCGGAUUCCAACAAUGUGGCAGCCUUUGACUGCAGGAACCGAAACUGGUACAUCCAGGCAGCCACAUCUCCGAAGGAUAUCAUCAUCAUGGUGGACAUCAGCGGCAGCAUGAAGGGGCUGAAGAUGACUAUCGCCAAACACACUAUCAACACCAUCCUGGACACUCUGGGAGAGAACGACUUUGUCAACGUCAUUGCUUACACUGACUAUGUCCGUUAUGUGGAGCCGUGCUUCAGAGGAACUCUGGUCCAGGCUGACUUGGAUAACAGAGAGCACUUUAAGCUGCUGGUGGAUGAGCUGCACGUUAAAGGAGAAGCAAAGAUCAAGAAUGCCAUGAAGGAAGCCUUCAAAAUUCUCAAUGAGGUGAGGGUGAACGGCCAGGGCAGCAUGUGCAACCAGGCCAUCAUGCUGAUCACAGACGGAGCCAUGGAGGACUUUGAGUCCGUCUUUGAGGAGUUUAACUGGCCUGAACGCAGGGUGCGAGUCUUCACCUACCUGAUCGGCAGAGAGAUGACCUUUGCUCAGAACACCAAGUGGAUCGCCUGCAACAAUAAAGGUUACUACACCCACGUCUCCACACUUGCAGACGUGCAGGAGAACGUCAUGGAGUACCUGCACGUGCUCAGCCGACCGAUGGUCAUCAACCACGACCAUGACAUCAUCUGGACAGAAGCCUAUAUGGACACUGUGCUUCCCAGCACGAAGGAGCUCUUCACCACCAAGGCUCAGAGUCUACUGCUGAUGACGUCUGUGGCAAUGCCGGUGUUCAGCAAGAAGAAGGAGACGUUGUCCCACGGGAUCCUGCUGGGUGUUGUGGGCACAGACAUCCCACUGAUGGAGGUGAUGAAGCUGGCGCCCCGAUACAUGCUGGGAGCACAUGGCUACGCCUUCCUCCUCACCAACAACGGUUACAUCUUGGCACACCCCGACCUUCGACCUCUGUAUAAAGAUGGAAAGAAACUGAAGCCAAAGCCCAACUACAACAGUGUGGAUAUGUCUGAGGUGGAGUGGGAGGAUACAGAUGAAUUGCUGAGAACAGCCAUGGUGAAAGGAGAGACCGGCAGCAUGAGCCUCAGCACCAGAGCAUCUGUGGACAAAGGGAAAAGACCUCUGUAUAUCGUCAAUGAAUACUUCUACACAAACAUUGAUGAAACACCUUUCAGCUUCGGCAUGGUGCUGACGAAAGGUCACGGAAGCCUGAUGUUUUUCGGAAACGUGUCUGUUGAGGAAGGGCUGCAUGACCUCACCUCCCCAGACCUGACUAUUGCCUCCGAGUGGACUUACUGUGAGACUGACAUCGACCCCGCUCACAGAAAAUACUCACAGCUGCAAGUCGCCAUACGUUACCUGCUGGGGUUGGAGCCCGAGCUUGAGUGUGACGAGCUGUUGCUGCAGCAGCUGCUGUUUGACGCUGUGGUCACAGCUCCAAUGGAGGCCUACUGGAACGCACUGAUGCUCAACGACAGGGUGGAGCCGGGGAUUGAGACGGCCUUCCUCGGUACUCGCUCUGGCCUGAUGAGGCUCAUGAGAUAUGCAGGAGUGGAGACCAGAUCGGCAAAAAAGUUCUUGACUGCAGCUGAUAAAGAUAACCUGUUCACCAUUGACCACUUCCCUCUGUGGUACCGUCUGGCCGUGGAAAACACUCCUGGAAGCUUCUUCUUCUACCCUGUCAACGACAAAGGGGUGAAGUAUGUCAUAGCGACGACAUCAGUGACGGUGUCAUCUGAAGGGAAGACGGCCAUGGCAGGAGCCAUCGGGUUGCAGAUUUCCUUGGAUAUGCUGGAGAAGAUGUUCUGGACCAUCACAAAGCAGCCCAGCGACACAGACUGUACAAACAUUGAAGGCGUGUGUCCACUCAGCUGUGAGAGUGCUGACCUGAACUGUUUCCUGGUCGACAAUAACGGUUUCAUUCUGCUUUCCAAAGACAGGAACGAGGUCGGUCGCUUCUUUGGCGAGGUGGACGGGUCUGUCAUGGCGUCACUCAUCAAGAUGGGCAUGUUUCAAAAAGUGUCAUUGUUUGACUACCAGGCGAUGUGUAGAAGCACUCAUCAUCACACCAGCAGCGCCCGACCUCUGCUCAGCCCAUUUUACUGCAUUGCGGCGUUGAUAAAGUGGCUCUUCUACAACACACUGAUGUUUCUGCUGGACUUUAACCUCUGUGGUCUCUGGCACUCUGAUUACUUUGUCGACGCCAAGGCUGGUUAUCACACAACUCACAAACAGAGGAAGGUGGAGGCGCAGCAGCCCUGUGACACUGAGUAUCCUGGUUUCAUGUACGACUCUUCUAUCAGAGAAGCCAACAGCCUCAUCAAGUGUGGACGCUGCCAGAAGAUGUUCGUGGUGCAGCAGAUUCCUGACAGUAAUCUGGUUCUGGUUGUGACUCAGGCCGACUGUGACUGUUCCCGUCAGUAUGGAGCGAUCCUGCUGGAACCCAAGGAGAUCAAAUAUAAUGCCACAGUGAAAUGCAACAGGAUGAAAUCCCAGAAGGUCCGGCGGCGUCCAGAGUCGUGCCACUCCUACCACCCGAAGGAGAACGCUAAGGAAUGUGGCGGAGCGUCGGCCAUCUCCCUGUCCUCUUGUCAUCUCUCUGCCUCUGUGCUCGUCUCAUUGGUCCUCCACCACUGGACGUAA